AUGGCUGCGUCCACCGUCAAUCGAUGGACGCUGAUGCUGCGGGCUGCGGACAUGGAUGGAUUUUACGAUGCUGCCGACCAACUGCGAAGCAAGCUGCUCCAGCACGCGCUCAUCAAGGAUCGCUCCUACCACCUCAAAGUCCGGACCCUACCGCUUGCUUGUGCCACAGCCCAUCUGGCUGUGAUGAAGUACCCCCAGUGUUUCAAGGGCAACGAACUCGUUGAUUACCUCGUGUACAGCGAGGAAUGCUCCACCCGCGCCGAGGCCACUAUGCUCGGCUCGUCCUUCAUCAUGUUUGGCGUGAUGCACCACGUGGUUGAUGAUCACCUUUUCAAGGACGAAGGCCUAUUCUAUCGCUUUCGCCGGGACGACGACACAUUUCUAGCCGAUAAACGCUCUUAUCGGAUCUUAAUUCACAAAGCCAUGCACAUUCAUGCCAGCCUACACGCGAGUGGCAUCAUGAUCAAGGAUCGGGAUUACGGCGCCCGCACCUUUCGACGUUGCUUCAUUGGCCGUGAACUCGUGCCUUGGCUCAUUGUGCAGGAGCUGUGCCGGGACAAAGAGGAUGCUCUGGCACUCGGCAGCCUCUUGCUGCAGCAAGGCUUUAUACGACACGUGACUGACGAUCAUGACUUUAAAGAAGACUAUCUCUUCUAUCGCUUCUGCGUGGAUGAUCUGCAGGCACCAGAUGCACUGGCCGGAGACGAAGCGGGCUUACGCGAGGUGCACAUGAAUAUCGAAGGUGUACGAAUCGACGAAAACUUUGUGCUGCAUGGAGGCGUGGAAGAGCAAGUCCCAGAACCUCCACCCCGAAGUCUUGACUUUGAACAAGUCCUACGCAAUGCCUACUCGAUGCAGAUGCGAGCCAUCAAGAGCUUGCCGUGGUUUCACGACGUGUGUUCUCGCGAGGAGGCCGAACGUCGCCUCCAAUCCUUUUCCUGUGAAGAUGGCGCUUGGCUCAUACGCUUAAGCGGCGAGGUAUGUUCAUGA